AACAUGAAACUCCUACUUAUCGCCUCCAUCGUAGCCUUAGCGGCCGCAGACGUAUCACACAUCCUAAACAAAGACAGUACCGCUCAGAUCCUGCACCAGGAGUUGGACGUUGGUGUCGAGGGUCAGUACUCUUGGGCCAUUGAAACCGAGAAUGGGAUAUCAGCACAGGCGCAGGGCGCUUUGAAAAACCCACAGGGUGAGAAUCCCGCAGAGGUAGUGCAAGGACAGGCGCAAUGGACAUCACCUGAGGGUGAAGUUGUAUCGCUACAGUAUACUGCUGAUGAAAACGGAUACCAAGUUCAGGGCUCCCAUCUGCCAACUCCACCACCGAUCCCCGCUGCGAUACUCCAGUCUUUGGAAUUCAUCAGAUCCCACCCGCCACCACAGAACGCCAAAAACUAAAUUUGAAUACUCGCCAUAUCAAUAAGCUAAUGUACCUGCUCCAUAUUAUAUACUCACUUAUCACAAGAUUUUGAAAAUAUUUUAUAUAUUUUUGUAUAAAAUAAAUAAGUUAUAGUAA